AAAAUUUAAGCUUGAAAAGCAUACAGUCGUGUAGCAGAGUUGUCCGAACCAGAAGUCCUGAAGGUGGGGGUACUGUCACAGGUAAUCGGCAAGCCCUAUUCGUUUCCCUCUGCCUCUCUCCCAAUCCAUCGACUCCCCCUCUCUCAUCUGCUAGAGCCGGCGACUCUGGUACGCUGAUAUACACGAAAAAUGGGGAUUAUAGAGAGGAUUAAAGAAAUUGAAGCCGAGAUGGCUCGGACUCAGAAAAAUAAAGCCACAGAGUAUCACCUUGGUCAACUCAAGGCAAAGAUUGCAAAACUAAGGACACAAUUAUUGGAGCCUCCAAAAGGUUCUAGUGGAGGUGGAGAGGGUUUUGAAGUUACAAAAUAUGGCCAUGGACGUGUUGCACUAAUAGGAUUUCCCAGUGUGGGGAAGUCUACCCUUCUGACUAUGUUAACGGGAACACAUUCAGAAGCUGCAUCAUACGAGUUUACUACUCUUACCUGUAUACCUGGAAUCAUACACUACAAUGAUACUAAAAUUCAAUUGCUCGAUCUUCCUGGAAUUAUUGAGGGUGCUUCUGAAGGCAAAGGACGCGGUAGACAGGUUAUUGCUGUUGCCAAGUCAUCAGACAUUGUGUUGAUGGUUCUUGAUGCUUCAAAAAGUGAGGGACAUCGGCAGAUAUUGACAAAAGAGCUGGAGGCUGUGGGCUUGCGUCUAAAUAAGAGACCACCUCAGAUAUACUUCAAAAAGAAAAAGACUGGGGGCAUUUCUUUCAACAGCACUAUUCCUUUAACUCAUGUGGAUGAGAAACUUUGCUAUCAAAUUCUGCAUGAGUACAAGAUUCACAAUGCUGAGGUGUUAUUUCGGGAAGAUGCUACGGUGGAUGAUUUCAUAGAUGUAAUUGAGGGAAACCGUAAAUAUAUGAAGUGCAUAUAUGUCUACAACAAGAUAGAUGUAAUUGGUAUUGAUGAUGUGGACAAAUUAGCUCGACAGCCAAAUUCUGUGGUCAUUAGCUGCAAUCUGAAGUUGAACUUGGACAGAUUACUUGCAAAAAUGUGGGAGGAGAUGGGGCUUGUAAGAGUUUAUACAAAGCCGCAAGGACAGCAGCCUGAUUUUUCGGAUCCAAUAGUUCUUUCUGUUGAUAGAGGUGGCUGCACAGUGGAAGAUUUUUGCAACCACAUACACAGGAAUUUGGUGAAGGAUGUGAAGUACGUUCUAGUGUGGGGCACAAGUGCGAGACACUACCCACAACAUUGUGGCCUUGGUCAGGAUCUUCAUGAUGAGGAUGUAGUUCAGAUUGUUAAGAAGAAGGAAAGGGAAGAUGGAGGGAGAGGUCGGUUCAAAUCACAUUCGACAGCCCCUGCUCGAAUAUCUGACAGAGAAAAGAAAGCUCCCUUGAAGACCUAGUUAUCUGGAUGGACAGAUUUUGUCCUGCAAAUUUAUUGGUUAUCCAUGAAGUGGCACAGAAAAAACGAUGGUUGAGAGCAUAGUGAUGCACCACAUUAUAAGAAAGCUGUUUUUUCCUGUGUCUGUUUGAAGGAUUACUAGGUAGUGAGUAUUCUGUGCUGGAGCACUCUUUUUGGUCUGUUGUUUCAAAUAGUUUAUUGGUGAGGUUGGAGUCGAUGUGGCAAAUGGUGGUUUCUAUAACAGCUUUUCGGUUGAUCAGCAACUGUUUGAAUCAAUAAUAGUAGUGUUUUUAAAA